AACUACAACUACACACACAAGCCCACCAAAAACUCAAAUAAAAUCAAACCCCUUCAAAAAAAACCACGAAGAAAACACAGUGUGGGUGUUGUGUACUUGUGUUGUACAAAGAAAAGAGAGACAGUGAAAGCCAUGGCUCAAGUGAGCAAAAUCAGCAGUGGAGCCCAAAACACCUACACGGUACCUAAUCUUUCGAAACCCCAGAACCCCAAAUGUUUAUCUUCAAUUUCCUUUAGAUCACAGCUCAUUAAAGGGUCUUCUUUGGGAUUAAAGCAAAGUAAAAAAAAGGGUGAUUGCAGACUAAAGGUUGGACCUUUAAAGGUUCUAGCUUCAGUUGCUACAUCAGAUAAGCCAUCAAUUGUACCUGGGAUUGUUUUGCAACCCAUCAAAGAUAUUUCUGGUACUGUUACUUUUCCGGGUUCUAAGUCUUUGUCUAAUCGGAUUCUCCUCCUUGCUGCUCUCUCUGAGGGUACGACUGUUGUUGACAAUUUGUUGAAUAGUGAUGAUGUUCAUUACAUGCUUGGUGCACUCAGAACACUUGGACUAUGUUUGGAAGAGAACACGGAACUCGAACAAGUGAUCGUAGAAGGUUGUGGUGGUCAGUUUCCAGUGGGAAAAGAAGCAAAGAUUGAUGUUGGACUUUUCCUUGGAAAUGCUGGAACGGCAAUGCGGCCAUUUACAGCUGCAGUUACUGCUGCAGGUGGAAAUUUGAGCUACAUACUUGAUGGGGUGUCACGAAUGAGAGAGAGACCAAUUGGUGAUUUGGUUAUUGGUCUUCAGCAGCUUGGUGCAGAUGUUUCUUGUUCUCCUACAAACUGCCCCCCUGUUCGUGUAAAUGCAAAUGGAGGCCUUCCAGGGGGAAAGGUUAAACUCGCUGGAUCGAUAAGUAGUCAAUACUUGACUGCUUUGCUCAUGGCAGCUCCUUUAGCCCUUGGAGAUGUGGAAAUUGAGAUAAUAGACAAGUUGAUUUCUGUUCCUUAUGUUGAGAUGACUUUAAAGUUGAUGGAGCGCUAUGGAGUCUUUAUACAACAUAGUGAUAGCUGGGAUCGUUUCUUCAUUCGAGGAGGUCAAAAAUACAAGUCUCCUGGAAAUUCUUUUGUUGAGGGUGAUGCUUCAAGUGCCGGUUACUUCCUAGCUGGCGCAGCAAUCACUGGUGGGACCAUCACUGUUGAAGGUUGUGGAACAGACAGUUUGCAGGGAGAUGUAAAAUUUGCAGAGGUUCUUGAGAAAAUGGGAGCUAAAGUUACCUGGACCAAGAACAGUGUUACUGUCACUGGACUGCCACGAGAUUCUUCUGGUUGGAAACACUUGCGUGCUGUUGAUGUAAACAUGAACAAAAUGCCAGAUGUUGCUAUGACUCUGGCUGUUGUUGCGCUUUUCACCAAUGGCCCUACUGCCAUAAGAGAUGUGGCAAGUUGGAGAGUGAAAGAAAUGGAACGGAUGAUUGCUAUUUGGAAGGAACUCAGGAAGUUGGGAGCAACAGUUGAAGAAGGACCAGAUUACUGUGUGAUUACCCCCCCUGAGAAACUAAAUGUAACAGAGAUUGACACUUACGAUGAUCACAGGAUGGCAAUGGCAUUCUCUCUUGCUGCUUGUGGAGAAGUCCCAGUCACCAUCAAGGACCCUGGUUGCACUCGAAAAACUUUCCCAGACUACUUUGAAGUCCUUGAGAGGUACACGAAGCAUUGAGUUGCCCUUAAAUCAUUCACCAUGUAUACAAGAGAGAUACGAGGCUAUCCAUUACCAUUAGCAACCAUGGUAGUCUGAAAUCAACCCCCCCCCCCCCCCCCACCCUUUUUUUUAUCAUGUAUCACGCUGUAAUAUUUUAUUAUAAUUAUGCAAGUUAAACAAAGCAUUGAGUUGCACUUAAACCACUCACGGCUGAUGUUGUUAUUGUGCUGGAGAAUGGUCAUCUCUGAAAGGAAAAGCCAAACUUAGUUAAUUUAUUUUUGACUCGAGAGAGAGUAAGUGCUAGACCUUAACUAUGAACUUAAAUGGUUAUAUUUGUUCUCCAUUAAUCAAUCAAUGAAUGCUUGAAGUGAUUAAAUCAAUAAAUUUCAAUAUUUUCUA